UACCCUCAAAUGAAAGCGGACAGUCUGCACUUUAACCUCAUUGUCAUCAAAUCUGGAGUACAGAGCCAAAACAUCGACAAAAAAUGUGUCACUGUCCCAAUACUUUUGUUUCUCACUGUAGUUCACAGUUGAUUCUAUUAUUGCAUUACCAUAUCAGUGGUUUUUUCUCUACAGGUGAAUUACAGCCUGUCAUGUCAAUAUUUCAAUGAAUAUGGGAACAUAAGCCUCCCAGACACUGUCUUUUGGAAAACGGAUGGAUGUGUUACUAAGAUCAACGACAGCGUGGUGGAGUGUAUCUGUAACCACGCUACCCCGUUUGCCGUGCUGCUGAUCGCUGACCUAUCUAUUGGCAGUGUGCACUGGCGGGUCUUGUCUUACAUCAGCUACAUUGGCUGUGGCUUGUCUGCCUUCUUCUCCGCCAUAUCCUUCCUCACCUACGUCAUUACCACGAACUCCAGGGGGGACAACGCCAACAGCAUCCACGUGUCACUGAGCGGGGCUUUGUUUCUGCUCAACACCUCUUUCCUGCUCAAUGAGUGGGUGGCCAACCUGGGCAUCAGGGGCGUGUGUAUCUUCAUUGCGGCGGCCAUUCAUUACAGCCUCCUCAGCUGUUUCACCUGGAUGGCCAUUGAAGCUGUCCACCUGUAUCUCCUCCUGGUCAAGGUCUUCAACACUUACUACCGACACUAUAUAGCCAAGCUGUCUGUCAUUGGCUGGGGAGUCCCUGGUAUCAUUGUGGGAGUUUCAUUGGCAGUCAAGGAUAUCAAACCAUUAUAUGGACCUACAAAAAUUACUAUGGCAUACACUAACCAGACAAAUACAAUCUGCUGGAUCAUGGACGUCCCCUUCUUCUACGGUAUGAACCUGGCCUACUUCGCUCUCAUCUUUGUCUUUAACUCUGGCAUUCUGUUAAUGGUGACCACCCAGAUCUGCCAGCUGCAGUGCUAUGGCAGUAAGGGCAAGCCUGGGAAGGCAAGCCUGGCCUGGAAGGACAUCUGCACUGUCCUGGGUCUGACCUGCCUGCUGGGCAUCACCUGGGGCCUGGCCUUCUUCAGCUACGGCUAUGUCAACCUUCCCAUCCUCUACCUGUUCAGCAUUUUCAACUCCCUCCAAGGAUUCUUUAUAUUCCUAUGGAUCUGUGGCACUGCCAGGAAAGACAGGGACGACGUGGCGAAAAACAAGAUCACAUCAGCAGCUCUGAACACCUCUACAGCCAAACCCAAGGAGGAGAUGUAUCCUGGCAACAACCCCGACCAGUAAACGAUGUCCACAAUGGAGAUCACUCAUAUCUACUUAGAUGGCAAGGGGAGUUUUUGCUUUGUGUCUAAUGGCAUGUGCAUUGUCUCUUUCUUUCUCUUUCACAAAUAUCAUUCCCCUUGCCAUCUAAGAGGCAAAUCUAGACUUGGUUUCCUCUAUCGUAAUCGCUCUUCUUUCACCGCAGCUGCCAAACUAACCCUGAUUCAGAUGACCAUCCUACCCAUGCUAGAUUACAGAGACAUAAUUUAUAAAUCAGCAGGUGAGGGUGCUCUCUCGAGCAGCUAGAUGUUCUUUACCAUUCGGCCAUCAGAUUUGCCACUAAUGCUCCUUAUAGGACACAUCACUGCACUCUAUACUCCUCUGUAAACUGGUCAUCUCUGUAUACACGUUGCAAGACCCACUGGUUGAUGCUUAUUUAUAAAACCCUCUUAGGCCACACUCCCCCCUAUCUGAGAUAUCUACUGCAGCCCUCAUCAUCCACAUACAACAGCCACAUUCUGUUAAAGAUCCCCAAAGGACACACAUCCCUGGGUCUUGCAAACAGUUCACUGCAGCAGGCGACUGGAUCGAGCUGCAACAAACACUCAAACUGGACAGUUUUAUCUCAAUCUCUUCGUUCAAAGACUCAAUCAUGGACACUCUUACUGACAGUUGUGGCUGCUUUGCGUGAUGUAUUGUUGUCUCUACCUUCUUGCCUUUUGUGCUGUUGUCUGUGCCCAAUAAUGUUUGUACGAUGUUGUGUUGCUACCAUGCUGUGUUGUCAUGUGUUGCCGCCUUGC